AUGGCUUCUGGCGUUCCCCAGGGUAGCUUGCGUCAGCGCAACGUGCCCCGAAAGUCUGUUUCGCCGGCACCUCCCGCGGCGCGUUCGGACGACGAUGUUCUCGAUACACUAGCGAAGACCAAGGCCAAGCCUGCUCCCUCCGAAACAUCCUACAGAGUGGCCUUUGGCCUCAUCACGGGUCUGGCUUUCCUCACAAGGUUCUGGGGUAUCAGCCAUCCCAAUGAGGUCGUCUUCGAUGAGGUCCAUUUUGGCAAGUUCGCUUCUUACUACCUCGAGAGAACGUACUUUUUCGAUGUCCACCCUCCAUUCGGAAAGCUCCUCUUUGCCUUCAUGGGCUGGCUCGUUGGCUACGAUGGCCAUUUCCACUUCGACAACAUUGGCGACUCGUAUAUCGCGAACAAUAUUCCCUAUGUGGCUUUCCGCUCCCUACCCGCCAUCUUGGGCGCCUUGACCGUCUCGGUUGUCUAUUUGAUCAUGUGGGAGUCUGGCUACAGCUUGCCUGCCUGUCUCCUUGCCGCUGGUCUCGUCCUCCUCGACAAUGCCCACAUAGGCCAGACGCGAUUGAUCCUUCUCGAUGCCACCCUCGUCUUCUCCAUGGCGUGCAGCUUGCUGUUCUAUAUUAGGUUCUACAAGCUGCGGCACGAGCCCUUCUCGCGCAAGUGGUGGAAGUGGCUUAUUCUCACCGGUUUUGCGCUGUCCUGCGACAUCUCCACCAAGUAUGUCGGCACUUUCGCCUUUGUCACCAUCGGCUCCGCCGUCAUCAUCGACUUGUGGGAUCUCUUGGAUAUCAAGAGGCCGGGUGGCGCUCUUCCGAUGCGCCUGUUCAUCAAGCACUUUUGUGCUAGGGCCUUUGGUCUGAUCAUCAUGCCCUUCCUCUUCUACCUCUUCUGGUUCCAAGUCCAUUUCACCGUCUUGUCCCGAUCGGGUCCCGGAGAUGACUUUAUGACUCCCGAGUUCCAAGAGACUUUGAGCGACAACGUCAUGCUCGCCAAUGCCGUCACCAUUGACUACUACGACACGAUUUCGAUCCGACACAAGGAAACCAAGACCUACCUCCACUCUCAUCCGGACCGCUACCCUCUCCGUUACGACGACGGUCGCGUUUCCAGCCAGGGACAGCAGGUUACAGGUUACCCUUACAAUGAUACCAACAACUACUGGCAGAUCAUCCCUCUCCAGGAUGACCACAAGGCCGGCCGUCAUGUCAAGAACCACGACCUUGUCCGUCUCCGACACAUCGGCACUGACACCAUCCUUCUUUCUCAUGACGUUGCCUCUCCUUACUACCCGACGAACCAGGAGUUUACCACCGUCCCCCUCGCGGACGCCUACGGCUCUCGUCUCAACGAUACCCUAUUCGAGAUCCGCAUCGAACAUGGAAAGAACAAGCAGGAAUUCAAGAGUAUCUCUGGCCACUUUAAACUCAUUCACAACCCCAGCAAGGUAGCCAUGUGGACGCACACGAAGCCUUUGCCCGACUGGGGCCAUCGCCAGCAGGAGAUCAACGGAAACAAGCAGAUUGCGCCUAGCUCCAACAUCUGGUUCGUCGAGGACAUUCCUUCUCUCCCCGCCGACGACAAGCGCCGAGAGAAGCCGGCGCGUAAGGUGAAGACGCUUCCCUUCCUCAGGAAGUGGUUCGAGCUGCAGAGGUCGAUGUUCUGGCACAACAGCCAGCUGACCAGCAGCCAUCCCUACUCUAGCCACCCUUACCAGUGGCCCUUCUUGCUCCGCGGAGUCAGCUUCUGGACGCAGAAUGAGACGCGGCAGCAGAUUUACUUCCUCGGAAACCCCAUUGGCUGGUGGUUCGCCAGCAGCUUGUUGGCUGUAUUCGCCGGCAUUGUUGCCGCUGACCAGCUCUCUCUGCGCCGUGGCAUCGACGCCCUGGAUCGCCGCACCCGGUCCCGUUUCUACAACUCGACUGGCUUCUUCUUCCUCGCGUGGGCGACCCACUACUUCCCGUUCUGGGUCAUGGGCCGUCAACUCUUCUUGCACCACUACCUCCCCGCCCAUCUUGCCUCGUGCCUGGUUGCCGGAGCACUCGUGGAGUUCAUCUUCUGCUCCGAGCCUGCGCCCGAAGAGCCAACCUACCAGGCCGUCAAGUCGGGCAAGAAACCGGCUCCUGGACCCAAGCACUUUGUUACCGCGGGCGAGCGGCUCGCUAACCAGAGCAUGGUGUCCACUUGGAUUGCCAGUGGCGUCGUCCUCGCGAUUGUCGUGGCCGGCUGGUACUUCUUCCUGCCGCUGACGUACGGAUAUCCCGGCCUUACCGUCGAGCAAGUCCAGCAACGCAAGUGGCUCGGAUAUGACCUCCAUUUCGCCAAAUAA